CGCUGCCGGGCCCGCGCUGCGCAGGCGCGCUGGGGUGGGCGCCGGGCCGGGCCCGCCGUGACCUCUCGGUGCCGACCGCGAUCCGGCGCUGCCGCGGGGUCGCUGCCGGGAGGUGGGGCCGAGGCCGCGUUAGCCCCCGGCAGGCCUGCGGGGAGGCAGCGGGCCAUCGGGACGGGUUGAGGUGACUGGCCUCUAAAGGGCCGUGUCCCGCGUAGGAACCGCCCGCUUGCUGUUAUGCUUAAAAGAAAGUUUCCGCUGAGUGCUUUUAUGGCUUCCUUUGUAACUUCAUGGUGAAACAGCUACUGCGAGUAUCUAUUCGAUUACCAUAUCAUCUGGAUCCAGAGAUCACUUUUACUAAAAUGUGGACUGCCAGAAAGCUUUGCAGUGCUCAAAUACUGUUGCUCCAGAUGAAAGAAGGCCAAUUGUGUAGUUGCAUGUUUCCCAAAACUUGGCAGUUCUGGAUUGGAAUUCCAAGCUUUUGCACUUUGAGAGUACCACAUAACAAAGUUAAAUUCCAGGUUUCCAAGGUAAAUGAUAAACAAUCUGUAGUUGAUAGAAAAAUGGCUACUAGUGCAGAGGGAACCAAAAUAGCUGUUGGAAAAAGUCCCAGUGGAAUAUGUGAUGGAAGACAGCAUUCAUUACAAGCCCAUAUGAAACACAUCAACCUGUCCUUCGCAGCUUGUGGCUUUCUGGGCAUUUACCACUUGGGGGCAGCAGCUGCUUUUCACAGGCAUGGUAAGAAGUUACUGAGAGAUGUGAAAGCUUUUGCGGGAGCUUCUGCGGGAUCUCUGGCUGCCGUUGUCUUGUUAGCAGUGCCAGAAAAUAUAGAGAAAUGUAAGCACUUUGCCUAUGGAUUUGCAGAGGAAGUUAGAAGAUUGAACUUUGGUGCUGUAACGCCUGGUUAUGAUUUUAUGAAAACACUUAGGGAGGGCAUAGAGUCUAUUCUGCCUUCUGAUGUUCAUGAGGUCGCUGAGAACCGGCUCUAUGUGUCAGUCACUAACUCCAAGAGUGGGGAAAAUCACUUGGUUUCAAAUUUUGCCUCCAGGGAGGACCUCAUUAAGGUCCUGCUAGCAAGUAGUUUUAUACCAGUGUAUGCAGGAAUUAAGCCAGUGGAAUUUAAAGGACAGAAGUGGGUUGAUGGUGGCCUUACCAAUGGCCUUCCUAUCUUGCCUGUUGGAAGAACAGUGACAAUCUCCCCUUUCAGUGGUCGAUUAGAUAUCUGUCCACAAGAUAAAGGGCGUGUGGACCUCUAUGUUAAAUUAGCAAAACAAGAUAUGAUGGUUAAACUUCUUCUUAAACACAAGGAAAGGAGAUUGUAGAAGAAAGAAGAAAGUCUGAGAAGCAUUGAUCUAGUACAAAAUUGAGCAAAUUAUAUCAGGCUGUCCAGUGUAAAUAAUACUAGGUUUGCUUUAAAUAUCAGACGUCUUUGACUAUGCAAGAUGUUUAUAGAAAAAAUACAGUGGAAUACCUCAGGAGAGGACAGCUGCAGAACAUUUCCUCAUAGUCACUGAAAGCAAUUGCUCUAACUGAAUUUAAAAUACAAGUUUAAGUUGUACAUUUAAAAUGGUAUAUACAGUGACUUGUAACUGCAUUGCACAAGAGAACUUGUGAAUAUUUGUGACUAAUGUGCAUUUCCAGAAGCUUUGUUAUAAGUUGCAGAAACAUUUCUGUAUAUUGAAAUAUUAUCUUUAUUGACUCCUUUUCAUAAUUUUCAUUUCUGUCUUUGCAACCUUUGUCUCACAAACUUUAACCACAGUUUUGCUUUCUUCAACAUGCUGAAAGAAAAUAGUGAAUAAUGAUAGACCUAGUGGUCAACAAUAUUCCAUUAGAAAGUAAGAUUAACAAUAAUAAUUAGUUUAGAACUUUCUUUCUAGGCAGUUUUUAAUAUUUUCUUAAUUUUACUAAAAUUAAUGUUAUGUAAUGACUUUCUCAAUUGGACCAGUUUUUGAAUGUUUAUAAUAUUUCACAGAGAUAUUAAACAUGGUAGUACUUGGUAAAGAUCAUAAAGUAUGAAAUUAUUGAUUUCAUGUAUCUUGGAAAUAUAUGCAAUCAUUGUGUAUUUCUUGGUUGUGUUUUGUAUCUAGAGGAUGAAAAAUGAGCUGGUGAUUAGUUCAGUUUAGAGACAGAAAAUUAAUUAAAGUUACAUUGCUCCUAGGGUCAUAUGCAGACUUGUGCAGAAUCCCAGGCAACAUUUAAAACUAUAUUCAAAUUGAAGCACCUCUGUUUCUUUGGCUGUAAAAAUGAUAACUAAGAAUAAUUUCAUUUCAGCAACAUUGUAAUCUGCAUAAACUGAAGAGUUGUACAUCUUCAUUUAUCUAUAUGCGAAUGCGAAUAAUUUUCUGUCUCUCCAUCUCCUAGUGCCAGAAUUUGAAUAAUUGCUUACUUCAAAUAAUGAAGAUGAUUCUGAUACUGUUUUGCAAAAUUGUUUAUAAUAAUGUGGCUAAAUAUUAAUUACAUAAAGAAAUUGUUCAGAACAUUAAAUAUAAUUAUGUUUUCAGUUGUAAACAAUUUAAUAAAAUCUCUAUUCAAGAAUAAAGCUCCAAAAUCCUUUUAACAUGCUCAGAGUGACCACUUAAGAUUCUGAGUAGUUCUUAAUUUGUUGGUAGUAGAAGCUACGUUUAUACUCAUAUGUUAAACAUUGCCUGGGAAUGUUCCCAGGAAUGUGGUUGUUUGCACUAGUGAGUUGUCAAAAUAUUUCCUUGCACAAGUUUAACAUGUGCCAGAUACCACUCUGUGAGGCAGUUUUUGGGAGUGUUUCCAAAGCUAAAGUGUUUCAGAAACUUUGGACAGUUUUACAGGCAGACAGUCUUUCUUGGAUGCUGUGAGUGUGGACUGUUGGUGCCAGUUUGUCCUGGCGCUCAGCAGUGACCCUGGACACGGUUAAUUCCUGGUGGAGACACAGCCAUGCCAGUCAUUUUGUGUUAAGUAUGCUCCACGAAACAGAUGACAGAACAGUCGCAUCUAGAUAAGUUGCAUUAAUAA